CGGGCACCGGACCCCCAAGUGGAGCGACAGGUCUCGGGCCCUCAGGCGGGCGGCGGGCGCCGGACCCCCAGGCGGAGCGACAGGUCUCGGGCCCUCAGGCGGAGCGGCGGGCGCCGGACCCCCAGGCGGAGCGGCGGGGCGCCGGACCCCCAGGCGGAGCUGCCCAGCGGCAGGUCUCGGGCCCCCAGGCGGAGCGACAGGUUUUCGGGCCCCCCGGCGCAGCGGCGGGCGCCGGACCCCCCAGGUGGAGCGGCGGGCGCCGGACCCCCAGGUGGAGCGACAGGUCUCGGGCCCCCCAGACGAAGCGGCGGGCACCGAGUCACCAGGCAAAGACUGCGGGCACCGAGUCGUCUGGCAAGACUGCGGGCACCGAGUCGUCUGGCAAGACUGCGGGCACCGAGUCAACUGGCGGAACAGCGGGCACCGAGUCGUCUGGCAAGACAGUGGGCUCCGAGUCAACAGGCACGACAGUGGGCACCGGGUCAUCAGGUAUCGGAUUGUCUGGCUCGACAGCGGGCAUCGGGUCACCAGGCAAUCAGGUCAUUUGGCUUGCCAGCGGGCACCGCGUCAUCUGGCAAGGCAGUGGGCACCGGGUCACCCAGU